AUGGCUUUGACUGGUGUGGCUUUGGCUGCGAAACUAUAUUGGAGGUGGUGUAAGGAGCAGGAUAAGAGUUGGGCCAAGAUUCUUUCUCAGAAGUAUUUUCAGGGAAUCCCUCAGUUGGAAAUGCCCCGUUACCCCCUUCUUGGAAAGGGCUCGAGAUUUCAUGAGAAUGGCUGGACUCGGGUAAGUGACUUUAAGUCAUUUUCCUCUCGUGGUCAGUUGGAGGUGGCUGGAUGGAAGUCUCCAGAUGAAUGGCCUAAUGUUGGGAUGCCAGAAGAAUGUGUUGAGCUACAUAAUGUCCUUUCCAGUAGACGUUGCAACCCUCUCCAGUAUGAUGAUGUGCUUGCCUGGUCUCCCAAUCCUAAAGGGGAAUAUACUGUUGCUUCUGGCUAUCGGGAGCUAUUGUCCCAUAGGGUGGAUGGGGAUGAAAUUCAGUGGUGGAAGAAGAUAUGGAACAAGUCUUCCUGGCCAAAAUGUAAUUGUUUUGUGUGGAUUUUGGCUUGGAAUAAGUGCUUGACCUGGGAUAAUAUUCAGAAGCAUGGCUUCCAGGGUCCCUCGAUCUAUGUUUUGUGUGGAGCUAACGAGGAGGACUUGGCUCAUUUGUUUUUUCGCUGUCCUUUCUCCCUCCAGAUUUGGCAUUUUUGGUGGGGGGUUUGGAAUAGUCCCUGUGUUCAUGCUUCUUCCUUGAUUGAGUUUUGGCAAAGGUUGGGUAGGCCUCCCUCUAUGGCUUCCUUUUUAUAG